CCGUUGGAUUCAGUGUUAUGGGCAGGCGAUGCAUCAAAGUUGUCUCAGAUAAAUUGGACAGAGGCUCCGCCCGAGAACACUGUAGACAUGAUAAUACAGAUUUGAUUACCCUUGAGAGUCAGGCAAAGACUGAUGAAUUUCGGGACUUUAUGGAGGAGAAUGGACAUGCCAGUGUCAACUACUGGUGCGGAGCGUCACGAGUCACAGACGGAUGGCAGUGGGUCAAUGGAGUACCGAUCUCAUCCAACUCCUGGUGUCGCUACGAGGGAAACGGAACAAGAUGUGGUGCUACCAUCAACCCACCGAGCACCUGCUUAGACUACCGUAGUUGUAGUAGAACCAUGAGCUUUGUGUGCGAACUUCAGUUUUGACUUUGAAGAUGUUAUGUCGAGAACAACUUGAUGUUCGUCAUACAUACUGUCAGGUUACCAACUAGAUAUGUCAGUUAAGUUACUGUGAGUGAACAUCUUUCAGUUUAUUUGGUCAGGAAGAGUGCAUGUCGCCUGAUCUGUUGAAGCUGACAUCUGGUUAAUCUCAUGAAAUAGUCCGGAUUAACAAAUGUACUGGAUUAAGGAGAAUUAAUG